AUGGAACAUGAUACAAUGGAGUGUGCGCCACGUGUUGAGGAGGCGGGGAGGGUGAGACGGCUGGGUGGAGCAAUCUCAUCCUCUUAUUCUUCGGUUCUUUGGCUUUUAAAGAAUGGUCAAUUGCAAAAGGAUGGAUAUUGUGGGGCCUAUCUAACUCAGGAGUUUGGGACCAAUACAUUUAAAUCAUCACUCAUUGAACAGGACCCAUCCUUUAAAUCGAAGGAACUUCACAAAGAAAGCAUAUCUAACGUGUCAAGAUACGAGGCACAAGGACACACUCCUGUCCUAGGCCCCGACCAGGCUGCGCCAAGAUAA